AUAAAAAAAUACAUGUAUUUCAAAGUAUCUAUAAAAAUAAAAUUAAAAAUAUUUCUAUGCAUCCCAAAUAAAGUCAAUCCAAAUAUAACAUAGAAAAUUGAUUAUAGGAGCCUAGGCCAAUUUUUUUAACAAAAUAAAAUAUAAGUCUAUUAGUAUUAACUGACUAUAAUGUUUUCGAAAAAAAUAGCUCUAGGUUUUCUUGUAUUUGUUCUUCAUUUGGAAACAUGUAGUUGUCUUAGAGACUAUAAAAAAGAAGAUAUUUUAAAGUUGAGGGAAGAAGUACGAGAAAUGUUUCAGCAUGCAUAUGACAGUUACCUAAAGUAUGCUUAUCCGUAUGAUGAGUUGAGACCAUUAAGUUGUGAUGGUAUGGAUACAUGGGGGAGUUACUCCCUCACACUGAUAGAUGCACUGGAUAUGCUGAUUAUUAUGGGAAACUAUACAGAGUUCAACAGAGUGGUAGAUGUGGUACUGCAAAAGCAAAACUUUGAUACAGAUAUUAAUGUGUCUGUAUUUGAAACUAACAUUCGGAUAAUUGGUGGUCUUUUAAGUGCACAUCUUCUAUCAUACAAAUCUGGCAUGGAAUUAGAGCCGGGCUGGCCAUGCAAUGGUCCUCUCUUAAGGCUAGCUGAGGAUGUAGCUCAAAGACUAAUUGCCGCUUUUGACACAACAACGGGAAUGCCAUAUGGUACAAUAAAUUUAAGAUCAGGAGUACCUCCAGGAGAAACUAGCAUCACAUGUACUGCUGGUGUUGGUACAUUCAUCAUUGAAUUUGGCACAUUAAGUCGGUUGACUGGAGACCCACUAUAUGAAGAGGUGGCAUACAAUGCUUUAAAAGCACUAUAUCAUCAUAAGUCUCCGAUAGGGUUAGUUGGUAACCACAUAGAUGUAAUGACGGGGCACUGGACAGCACAAGAUUCAGGCAUUGGUGGAGGAGUUGACUCAUACUUUGAGUAUUUGGUCAAAGGAUCAAUUUUGUUGGAAAGGCCCGAGCUGAUGUCAAUGUUCAAAGAGGCCCGGAGUGUGAUUGACACUUACCUGAAGAAGGAUGACUGGUACGUGUGGGCCACCAUGUUGCGAGGGCACGUCACUCUUCCUGUCUUCCAAUCUCUAGAGUCUUACUGGCCCGGAGUGCUCAGUUUAAUUGGAGAAAGUGACACAGCAAUGCGGAUUAUUCACAACUAUCACAGCGUUUGGAAGCAGUACGGAUUCACGCCGGAGGUGUACAACCUUGGGACCGGGGAGGCUUCGUCGGCCAGGGAGAGCUAUCCCCUGCGGCCAGAGCUCAUCGAGUCCAUCAUGUACCUGUACAGAGACACCAGGGACCCCAUCCUGCUGCAGAUGGGCGAGGACAUACUGAGGAGCAUACAGCACAGCGCUAAGACACCCUGCGGUUACGCUACUAUAAAAGACGUUCGCGACCAUCGUAAAGAGGACCGAAUGGAGUCGUUCUUCCUCGCGGAGACCACCAAGUAUCUGUACUUGCUGUUCGACCCCGACAACUUCAUCCAUAACCCGGGCGUGCACGGCACGGUCAUUAACACCCCCAACGGAGAGUGUCUCGUGGACAUGGGCGGCUACAUAUUCAAUACGGAAGCCCAUCCCAUCGACCCUACGUUACUGUACUGCUGCCACCAAGCACGCCAGGGAAUAAAUAUAACCGAAGUACACAGAAUUUAUCAAAUACUAGAAGAAGAAGAUAAUAUAAAUUUUAUGACAAUGAUGGACUCUACAACUAAAAGUAAUGCUACGACUAAAACAAAUAAGACUGAAGAUCUCGAAGAUACCAAGAAAAAAGUCUCAAGUGAUCAAAAAAGUGAUGAUCUGUUUAUAAAAACAGAAACAAGGACGGGCUACGUUAAUAUAGAUGGAACUGAAAGAGAGAAAAGUAAAAAUGUCUCACAUUUAAGUGACGUCUUGAAGGACCAUAUAAAAAGUUUCUACAAUAAUACAGAUCAAACGUCCAGUGAAGUGUCCAAGCCUGAAAAGGUAGAGAUUGAAGAUAAGAAACAGAGCGUUGAAGUUGAUGAUAUUAUAGUUCCUGAACUUAAACAAGUCGAUGAUAGGCUAGUAACACCGAGCACGACUAAAGCUAAAGAAGCCAUGAAGAUAUUACCCAAAGCUAUCCUGGAUUUGAUAAAUUUUGAAUGGAAGGAUAAAACAAAAUGUGAACCUCAACGUAUGUUAGAAAGAAUACGUAGUGAGAAAAGGUAUCCAGCCCAUCCCGAUAUUGAUAAAUAUCAAUUAUUGUUGACUCCUGCACCUUCGUUUCUGCAAAGAAUAUCCCUAGCUGGUGAAUUUCUUAAUAAAAAACAAUUAGAAGUGUAAGAAAUGUGUGUAGUCCAAUAAAGAGUUAAUUUAUUUUC